AUGAAUAGACCAAAAAUUGCGAUGAAAAGUUGGCAUUUACUGUUUGUGAUUCGAAGAAGCUAUGCGAAGGAUGGUGCUUCUACUGAUUUAAAAAUUACUGAAAAUUGUGUCAAUCGCCUACGAGAAGUUGCUAGCACUGGAGAGCAUCUGAGAAUAAUGGUUGAUGGUGGCGGCUGUUCUGGUUUUGAGUAUAAAAUGAGUUUAGACAACAAAAUCAAUGACAAUGACUUUGUUUUCUGCAAAAAUCGUAUUAAAAUCGUUGUCGACGAGAGAUCACUACAAUUUUUAAAAGGUGCAACAGUGGAUUAUUUUGAAGACUUGAUGCGAUCAUCAUUUCGUAUCGUCGACAAUCCAGUCGCUGAGAAGGGUUGUUCCUGCGGGUCAUCAUUUGCUAUCAAAAUGGAUUAG